AUGCGUCGUCAGGUGCUCGUGACUGUGGGCACCACCUGUUUCGACGGGCUCAUCGAGGCCGUAGACAACGUCGAGACGCAGCUAGAGCUGAAGCGACUUGGAUACACCCACAUCUACUACCAAAUAGGGCGCUCGUCGAGGGUUAUACAACAGAAUAUUUUGGUAACGCGGUCAGUGAGGUUUGAAGAGGAUUUUGUUGAGCGUUUGCGGGAAAGCGAGCUCGUUAUUUCACACAUGGGAGCGGGCACUAUCAUUGACAUCUUCCGCUUGAAAAAGAAGGCCAUUUUCGUCCCAAACAACAAUGUGGCUGACAACCACCAGAUGCAACUGUUCGGCGUGAUGGACGGGCGCCAUGUGGCCGCACUGGACACUCUGCGGAGUAGGCUGUCCACGGCAACAGAAACGCCGGGCGACUUCUUCGGCAGGCUGCUACCAGCAGUACCGCUGAAUGAGGUCGUCGAGCGUACCAUGUCGCUGUAA